ACUUAAUUUACAUUUUGGGUGUUGCAUUUAGUUUAGUGCCUCUCCUGCUGCUCUGAGCCCUAUAUAGGAGCUUAUUUCUUUAUUGUGCAAUUUUGCACAUUAAAUUCAUUCUGAUUUGCAAUUUUCCUUAACUUAAUUAAAGGAAACCUAUUUCGGAGGGACUCUAGGAUAGCUGGAUUAGCAUCCGUCAGGGAUACUGCACUGAGUCCUGCAACGUGGUUGCACUGGGUGUAGUGAUGCUGUGGUUGAUGCUGCGCAGGCAGACCUCUUUCAAAGCACAGGGGGCGGGUCCCGAGAAAACUUUCCUGACUGGUGAUUUGAUGAACGGAAGAUUUUCCAGUGUCAGUAUCCUACAGUCAGUUCAGGGUCAGUGUUACGCGUUUGGCCAGCCUCCUGACGGUGCGCAACUCUCAGGGAAGAGAGUGGCUUGCGAGUUUUUUUCAUGUGAGCCCUUUACCAUCAGUCUGAGAGCUGGGCUGAAGGGGGAGCGGAUCUGAAGGGCCCAGUCUGGCUGUGUGAGGCAUCCUUAUACUUUCACACAUGGCGUUGUAGUUUAAGCACCUUUUUGUGGAUUGUGGAAGGGACCGAAUUCUAUUAAAAGUCGCCCGUUCUCUGUACAGUUGCGGGCGCUCACCAUGGAGAUGCAAAAGUGGACCACCAGGUGGAAAACGAAAAGGUGGCUAUGGGACUCAACGCUAACCGCUGCGAUCACACUGAUUUUAAUCCUACAAGCUGCCAGUGUCAGAGCAGCUGAUCCAGUAGAUGUACUGAAGGUUCUAGACUUCCAGAGCUCUCCAGAAGGAGUACGGAAAACAACGGGCUUCUGCACACUCAGGAGAGGAUCCAAACCUGACAUUGCUUACCGAGUAGGGAAAAAGGCCCAGAUCAGUGCUCCAACCAAACAGCUCUUCCCAGGGGGAGUUUUCCCAGAAGAUUUCUCCAUCCUGUUUACCAUCAAGCCAAAGGCAGGCCUCCAGUCCUUCCUGCUGUCCGUGUACAACAAGCAAGGUAUCCAGCAGCUUGGUGUGGAGGUGGGCCGUGGCCCCGUCUUCCUGUAUGAGGACCAGCAUGGCAAGCCUGAUCCGGAGGAGUACCCCUUGUUCCGUUCCAUCAACCUUGCUGAUGGCAAAUGGCAUCGUGUAGCUAUCAGUGUGGAGAAGAAGAGUGUCACCAUUAUUGUGGACUGUAAGAAAAAGGUGACCAGACCACUUGGCAGGAGCGACCAGGCUGUCAUCAACACAGAAGGCAUUACUGUCUUUGGCACCAGAAUCCUGGAUGAGGAAGUCUUUGAGGGUGACAUCCAGCAGCUGCUCAUAGUGGCGGAUCCCAGGGCAGCCUAUGACUACUGUGAACACUACAGCCCUGACUGUGAAACCCCCAACCACCACGACACCCCCCAGGCUCAGGAACCUGAGGAGGAGGCAGUUGUGGGCGGAGACUACUACACAGGUGAGUAUGACUACACCACAGUGGACGGAAAUCAGCCUGAAACUCCCACUGACACUGCGGGACAAGGCCAGAGCUAUGAAGGGGAAAUAGUGGAUGAUUACAUCACCGGUGUGGAACAGGUCGGGGUGGACCCCACUGUCGCUGUUGAAACAGCAGCCCCAGUGGACACUGAAAAGAAGGUGGAUCCUGGCACUGACGUGUAUGAGUUUAAGGAAUACGACCUGAAGGAAUAUGACAACAAGGAGUUUGUGGAGAAACCAUAUGAUUAUGGUGAUUAUGGUGAUUAUGGCCCCGUUGACGGCAAGCCCACAUCUGCAACAUAUGAGGAAGAGUUUGGUCCUGGUGUCCCUGCGGAGACUGAAAUCAGAGAGAGCAGUGUGAGUGGAGGUCAGAGUUACCUGGGAGAAAAAGGAGAGAAGGGUGAACCUGCUGUCAUUGAGCCAGGGAUGCUUAUAGAAGGACCCCAAGGAGCCCCCGGCCAAGCCGGUCUUCCUGGUACCCCAGGAUUGCAGGGUCCUCCAGGUGCCCCAGGAGAUCCUGGUGAGAGGGGUCCUCCGGGGCGUCCUGGUCUUCCUGGUUCGGAUGGUGUCCCUGGGCCUCCAGGUACCAUUCUGAUGCUUCCAUUCCGUGCUGGUGGUGAGUCACACAAGGGACCUGUGGUUUCAGCUCAGGAAGCUCAGGCUCAGGCCAUCCUAUCUCAGGCCAGGCUGGCUAUGAGAGGUCCCCCAGGGCCAAUGGGCAUGACAGGAAGAUCUGGUCCUGUCGGAGGUCCUGGUUCUCCCGGACUUAAAGGUGACGGUGGUGACCCUGGACCACAGGGACCCAGAGGUCUUCAAGGUCCAACCGGUCUACCAGGGAAAGCAGGAAAGAGAGGUCGUAAUGGAGCAGAUGGUGCUCGGGGAAUACCGGGAGAGGCAGGACCCAAGGGUGACCGAGGCUUUGAUGGUCUCCCUGGUCUUCCUGGAGAAAAGGGGCACAGAGGAGAGCAUGGUCCUACAGGCCCUCCAGGACCUCCAGGAGAGGAUGGCCCAAGAGGUGAAGAUGGGCAGGUUGGACAGAGAGGUGUGGCAGGAGAGAGCGGUCCUCGAGGUUUGCUUGGUCCCAGAGGGUCUGCGGGUCCUGGAGGACAGCGUGGUCUCCCUGGACUUGAUGGACAAUCUGGUCCCAAAGGAAACAUGGGUCCACAAGGAGAGCCAGGGCCUCCUGGGCAGCAGGGUUUGCCUGGUCCACAUGGUCUUAUUGGUCCUCAAGGUCCGAUUGGUCCUCCUGGUGAAAAGGGACCUCAAGGUAAACAAGGUUUGGCUGGCCUUGCUGGUGCUGAUGGCCCUCCUGGUCACCCAGGAAAAGAAGGACCUCCAGGCGAGAAAGGACUGGCGGGUCCUCCUGGUCCUAUGGGAUCCAUCGGCUACCCUGGGCCUCGUGGUGUCAAAGGUGCUGAGGGAAUUAGAGGCCUGAAAGGUGGCAAAGGAGAAAAGGGAGAGGACGGAUUCCCUGGCUUCAAAGGUGACAUGGGUCUCAAGGGCGACAAGGGUGAGGUUGGUGUCCAAGGAUCCAGAGGGGAGGAUGGCCCUGAAGGCCCCAAGGGCAAGUCAGGACCCAGCGGUGAAGCUGGACCCGCAGGAUCAGCUGGAGAGAAGGGAAAACUUGGAGUCCCUGGAUUACCUGGAUACCCUGGCAGACAAGGUUCCAAGGGCUCCACUGGCUUCCCUGGAUUCCCUGGGGCGAAUGGCGAGAAGGGGGCAAGGGGAAUUGCUGGCAAACCAGGCCCCAGAGGGCAACGUGGCCCAACGGGUCCUCGGGGUGGACGCGGUGCUAGAGGACCAACAGGAAAGCCAGGUGCAAAGGGCACCUCAGGCAAUGAUGGACCUCCUGGACCGCCAGGAGAGAGGGGACCCCAAGGACCACAGGGACCUGUCGGUUUCCCCGGGCCUAAAGGACCAAAUGGCCCACCAGGAAAAGAUGGGCUGCCCGGUCAUCCCGGGCAGAGGGGAGAGACGGGCUUCCAAGGAAAGACAGGACCUCCAGGACCUGGAGGGGUGGUUGGACCACAGGGUCCAACUGGAGAGACAGGACCUAGCGGAGAGCGAGGACACCCAGGCUCUCCUGGUCCACCUGGCGAGCAAGGUCUACCUGGAGCUGCUGGAAAAGAGGGUGGCAAGGGUGAUCCAGGUCCUCAGGGUCCUGGUGGCAAGGCAGGACCUUCAGGCUUGAGGGGUUUCCAGGGGUCAAGAGGUCUUCCAGGAGCCAUGGGUCCAGCUGGCUUAAAGGGAGGAGAAGGUCCUCAGGGUCCCCCUGGUCCCAUCGGUUCUCCUGGAGAGAGAGGUGCUGCCGGCCCUGGAGGUCCUAUUGGUCUGACAGGACGCAACGGCCCCCAAGGACCACCCGGACCUGCCGGAGAGAAGGGAGCUCCUGGAGAGAAAGGUCCCAUGGGUCCUGCUGGCCGUGAUGGCAUUCAAGGUCCUGUUGGUCUUCCUGGUUCGGCUGGUCCUCAGGGUCCCCCUGGAGAGGAUGGUGACAAGGGAGAAGUUGGCGGACCUGGACAGAAGGGAAGCAAAGGAGACAAGGGUGAACUUGGUCCACCAGGCCCCAGCGGUCUUCAGGGUGUGGUUGGAGCUCCUGGUCCAGCUGGCAGUGACGGUGAGGCUGGGCCGAGGGGACAGCAGGGUAUGUUUGGCCAAAAGGGAGAUGAAGGUCCCAGAGGAUUCCCCGGUUUGCCAGGACCCAUUGGACUGCAGGGUUUGCCCGGCCCUCCCGGUGAGAAGGGAGAGAAUGGAGACGUCGGAGCGAUGGGUCCACCAGGUCCUCCUGGCCCCAGAGGUCCUCAGGGUCCCGGUGGAGCCAGUGGUGCACAGGGCCCUCCUGGUGGUGUUGGUGGAGUGGGAGGUGUUGGUGAGAAGGGAGAAACAGGUGAAGCUGGCAACCCGGGACCACCUGGAGAGCCUGGUGUCGCAGGCUCUAGAGGAGAGACUGGUGAGAAAGGAGAAACUGGCCCACCCGGAGCUGCUGGACCCGCCGGUGCUCGCGGCCCCCCUGGAGAUGAUGGUCCCAAGGGUAACCCUGGACCUGUCGGCUUCCCAGGAGACCCUGGUCCCCCUGGUGAGCCUGGUGCUGCUGGUCUUGAUGGCUUACCAGGUGAAAAAGGAGAUGAUGGAGAGGCCGGACAGCCUGGCCCUUCAGGUCCAUCUGGUGAGGCUGGAGUACCAGGACCUCCUGGCAAAAGGGGACCUCUUGGACCAGCAGGUCCGGAGGGCAGACAAGGAGAAAAGGGAUCCAAGGGAGAGGCUGGAGCAGAGGGACCUGUUGGAAAAACUGGACCUGUGGGACCUCAAGGACCUGCUGGAAAGCCUGGUCCUGACGGACUGCGUGGAAUCCCCGGCCCUGUUGGUGAGCAAGGACUCCCUGGUGCCUCUGGCCAAGAUGGCCCUCCUGGACCUCUUGGACCCCCUGGACUUCCUGGUAUGAAAGGUGACUCUGGAACCAAGGGAGAGAAGGGUCAUCCAGGUCUAAUUGGUCUGAUCGGCCCUCCUGGUGAACCUGGGGAGAAGGGAGACAGAGGUUUGCCUGGACUUCAGGGUACUGCAGGUGGCAAGGGUGAUGCUGGUGCUGUUGGUUCCCAAGGUCCUCUGGGCCCUCCUGGUCCCCCUGGUAUUUCUGGCCCUCAAGGACAGAAAGGUUCCAAGGGAACAUCUGGUUCACAGGGUCAGAAGGGAGACCCUGGACUGAUUGGACCGCCUGGACCACCUGGUCCACCCGGAGAUGUCAUCCAGCCUCUGCCCAUCCAGCAGUCCUCCAGGAAGACCAGACGGCAGGCUGAGAUGCAGGGAGACGAGGCGAUAGCAGACUACGGCAUAGAUGGCCUGGGUAUGGAGGGAAUGGAGGAUGUCUUUGGAUCCCUCAACAACCUCAAACAGGACAUCGAGCGCAUGAAGUUCCCCUUGGGCACCCAAGACAAUCCGGCCAGGACCUGCAACGACCUGCACCUCAGCCAGCCUGACUACCCAGAUGGUGAAUACUGGAUUGAUCCAAACCAGGGCUGCACAGGAGACUCCAUCAAAGUGUUCUGUAACUUCACAGCAGGUGGAGAAACAUGCAUCUACCCAGAUAAGAAAUCCACAGGAGUUAGAAUAUCCAACUGGCCCAAGGAGUCUCCAGGCUCAUGGUUCAGUGAAUUUAAACGUGGCAAAAUUUUGAACUAUGUUGACGUGGGAGACAACACCAUCAACACAGUGCAGAUGACCUUCCUGAAGCUGCUAAGCUCCUCAGCACGACAAAACUUCACCUACAUUUGCCAUCAGUCUGUGGCCUGGUACGACGCCAAGGCUGACAACUAUGACAAGGCGCUGCGCUUCCUGGGCUCCAAUGAUGAGGAGAUGUCUUACGACAAUAAUCCCUUCAUCAAGCCGCUGAUGGACGGCUGCUCGUUGAAGCAGGGCUAUUCAAAGACGGUGAUGGAGAUCAACACUCCCCGCAUCGACCAGUUGCCCAUCAUUGAUGUCAUGCUGAAUGACUUUGGGGAAUCCAACCAGAGGUUUGGCUUUGAGGUCGGCCCCGUCUGUUUCCUCGGCUAGACGCGCCCCGACUCCCCGCUGAAGGACAGGGUCAGAGGGUACAAAGUAACACCCACAUGCUGAGAUUAGACAACCUUUACCUUCUAUCCCCGCGAAGCAAAAACCUGUGUUUUCUUUUGUUGCCGUGAUGAUCGGAGAGGAUGAGCGCUCGUAGGCCCUGUCAUGGAAGCGCUGACCAGGGGAAACUACUCCUCGCCCUUGUAGGGCCAGAAUCACAUGACUUUAACUUACAUGUAGUAAUGGGAGUGACAUCAGGAAAAGGACAUUUGAUGCCGUGGUGGACAGUGGCGCACUUUCAGCAACAGAGAGAGGAUCCACUCACCCCAAGCCCCAUCCUCCCUUGUCCUUCCCCUCCCACCACGCCUCCCUCUCUGGAUGCUCCAGGUGCUGCUCUGAAUACAACCACAGAAGUGCUUUUGUGCAGAGUCACAAAACACUCAAGGUGCUACAAAAAAAGUGCUUUUUGAUAAAACUGUAAUUAUUAUUAUUAUUUUGUACAAUUUUGUUCCUUUUCGAAUCCACUCUUAAAAACUUGCAUGUGCCCCAGCUCUUAAAAAUAAAUAUUCGAUAAACUAUAUAGAAGUAAAUCAGUGAAUAUAUUUGAUUUGUUGAAACCAAAUUUAUUAAGAAAUAUAAUGUCCUUUGAAAACAGUCCAAUUUGUAAGUAUAAAACAAUCCUUUUGUAAAUAAUAUCACUUUCAGUAUUUGAUUUGUGUGAGAGCAAACCAAACUGGAACAUCACACUAACUCUCAAACCAUUUUUUUUCACUUGGUAUGCCAAUCAGGAUAAAGCCAUAAUAAAAAUGAGAUAGUAAUAUAAAUAUUUUAAGAAAGGGCUUGUUCUUUCAAACUUUAUUCACCCUGAUGAUAUACUGUACCUCGGUUUCUUAAAAUGUGGACAUAUUUGACUCUUCAAACAUGAUCAUAUCUUGAUAACAAUCAAAUCAAUAACAAGUUUGAACAUUAUUUGUGGUGGUUAACUUACUGAGAAAGAAGAAAAAAAUAAUUUGUUGGUCCAAUUUUUGUGUUUUUUGUUAAUUCACAAAAAAGACCUGUCAGUUUUCUUCUUUGUAACAAUGAACAAAUGUUUUCAUGUGCCAUUCAAAAAUAUUAAAACUGGAUUCUGAAAAAUGUCGGGUUGAAUGUCUGUAUUGUUGGCUGUCGAAAUGAUUAGUGCUCUAUUUUUCUGUGAUUCUGCGCUGCUUGAUACAUAUUACCUUCCUUCCCCAUGAUAAUUUAUGAUUAGGAGGAUUAAUGGCUCCGAGUGUUUGGGUUCGUGUGAUUGAUUCUUCUGAGCCCAGGCGCUGUGAUCUCCUCCAGUUUCUGUCUCUGACUCAGAUUUGACUUUGAUCAAGAUCUGUCUGCAUCUCCGCCUCUUCAGCUUAAAGCUAUGAUAGCCUAGACUUCAGAGCCGCUUUCAAACCUGUGUAAUUAAAGUAUGUUUACCACCUAUGUACAAGCGAAAUAAAUGUUUGGUGCUUUGCCAAAU